AUGGAUCGAGUACAUCCCUCCACCCAUCGGGCAUUCAUUGCCUUUGGCAGCAAUGUCGGAGACCGCAUUGAUAUGAUCGAAGCUGCUUGCCGCGAAUUGGAGCGCGCCAACAUUCGAAUCAAGCGGACGAGCUCCCUCUUCGAGACAGCCCCGAUGUACGUCCUCGACCAGGACCCCUUCAUCAACGGAGUGUGCGAGGUCGAAACUAGCCUAUCUCCCAUGGAACUGCUGGACACCCUGCAAGCCAUCGAGCUAGGCCUCGGCCGGAAGAAGCUCAUCGACAAAGGCCCACGUUCAAUCGACCUGGACAUCCUCCUCUACGACGAGCAAAUAUUCACGCACGAGCGUCUCGACAUUCCGCACAAACUGAUGCUCGAGCGCGACUUUGUCCUCCGACCCCUCUGCCAGCACACUAAUCCCCCACGAACGCCCCCCUUCCUGGGCCACUCCCAAAGCUACCUCAACCACCUCAGAACCCUCCCACCUCCAUCUCCCACCCCCCACACCACAACCCCCAUAUCGCCCCUCUUCCCCCCAAUCCACAGCACCAACCCGUCCCGCCCAACCCACAUAAUGGCCAUCCUCAACCUAACCCCCGACUCCUUCUCCGACGGCGGCACACACUCCCCUACCGACCUGAGCACCCUAACCACAACAGUCCACAACAUGAUCCGCUCCGGCGCCACCAUAAUCGACAUCGGCGGCGAAAGCACCCGCCCAGGCUCCACCCCGGUCAGCGAAUCCGAAGAACUAUCCCGAGUAAUCCCCGCCAUCAGACACAUCCGAACCACCAUCCCCGAGGCCGCCCACAUCGCCAUCAGCAUCGACACGUACCGGGCCCGCGUCGCCGAAGCAGCCUGCGCCGCCGGCGCGGACAUCAUCAACGACGUCUCAGCGGGUCUCCUCGACCCCGAGAUGCUACCUACCAUGGCGAGGACCGGAAAAUCAGUCAUAUUGAUGCAUAUGCGCGGCACACCCUCCACCAUGACAAAGUUAACCGACUACCCCAACGGAAUCAUCCAAGACGUAGGCAAUGAACUCCUCGACCGGGUCGCCGCCGCAGAAGCAGCGGGGAUUAGACGGUGGAGGAUGAUAUUAGAUCCCGGGUUAGGGUUCGCGAAGAAUGAACCUCAUGAUUUGACUAUCUUGAGGGAGUUGAAUAAGUUGAGGACGGGGAUUGAGGGUCUGGAGUAUUUCCCGUGGUUGAUGGGCCCGAGUCGGAAGAGGUUCGUGGGCAGGUUGACGGGGGUCAAGGAGGCCAAGGAUAGGACUUGGGGAACGGCGGCGACGGUGACGGCGAGUGUUGCGGGGGGUGCGGAUAUUGUAAGGGUGCAUGAUGUCAAGGAGAUGUGGCAGGUUGGGAGGGUGGCGGAUGCGAUUUAUAGGGGGGUGGUUUGA